AUGUCUUCCAACUGCUGUGCUAGAAAUUUCUCCUCCAGCUCAUUUGGAAGGUCCCUACACUACCCAGCCUCUUCUUGCACGUCUUACUACCCCAGCAGCUUGGUUCACAGCAGUGACCUCUGCUUUCCCAGCAACUACCAGACAAGCUCCUCUCUCUACAGUGACUGCCACGAGACCUGCUUUGAACCUACUGGUUGCCAGCCAUCUUGCCUGUCAUCCAGCCCCUGCCAGACAUCCCGCUACCACCUGAGAACCUCCACACCCUGCAGUCCCUACAAGACGACUUACCCUGUCUCUCUGGGUUUUGGGUCCAGCAGCAGUAGCUGGAUGGGCCAUGGCUCCAAACAUUCCUGUUCCCUGGGCUAUGGAUCAAGGAGCUGCUACUUCCCGGGCCGUAGACCCAGUUGUUUCAGAUCCCUAGGCUGUGGAGCUUCUGGCUUCCCUUCUUUGGGCUAUGGAUCUGAAAUCUCAUGUCCAACAUCCUUGGCUUCAGGGAGCUGCCAGUCUUCUUCUUAUACAUCAAGCAAUAUGUCAUCCUAUUGUAGACCAACUUGCUGA